GGCUGGUCUGCUGACUGACAGGUGAGCUCAGCCUGUCAAGCCAGCGAGGCGGGCCAACACAGCCAGGCGGACACGUACUGAGUGUACUAUAUGUGAUAAGCGCAGCAGCAGCACACUCCGGAACCCACGAGUGUUUAAUGUGUUUCUGGGGACGUGUUUACAACGGGACCAAAUUGUGUUUUUUCCCGCUAGCGCUCAGGGUCGUUCUAAGCCAAGAUGGCCGCGUUGACAGCUCCCAGACUGUCCCGGCUCUGGGUUCAAGCUACUCGGCCUACAGCCGUUGCUGCCGUCCACACCCGUGCCUGGCAACCACCAUCAGACAGUGAACAUGCUAUCGGCAACUUCCUUAUUAGACAAAAGAGUAGUGCUGUCGCUGCGCCAAAACCAUCAGCAGUGAGCAGCAAGGGGGAAUUCAUCGUUGCAAAGCUUGAUGAUUUGGUGAACUGGGCACGAAGGAGCUCCCUGUGGCCCAUGACCUUUGGUCUGGCAUGUUGUGCUGUAGAGAUGAUGCACAUGGCUGCACCACGUUACGACAUGGACAGAUUUGGUGUGGUUUUUCGUGCUAGUCCUAGGCAAUCAGAUGUUAUGAUUGUGGCUGGUACCCUCACCAAUAAGAUGGCUCCUGCACUAAGGAAGGUUUAUGAUCAGAUGCCUGAGCCACGUUACGUAGUGUCCAUGGGCAGCUGUGCUAAUGGAGGAGGCUACUAUCAUUAUUCAUACUCUGUGGUCAGAGGCUGUGACAGAAUUGUUCCAGUUGAUAUCUAUGUUCCAGGCUGUCCUCCUACUGCUGAAGCUCUCCUAUACGGCAUCCUACAGCUGCAAAAGAAGAUCAAGAGAGAGAAGAAAAUCCUUCUGUGGUACAGGAAAUAAGCUUGUGCUGAUUUGUAUAUAUUUAUAAGUAGAAAUGCUUUGUAUGACCUUCUAGGCAGCGGUGUAAUCGCAGUUCUCCUGCUGUUACAACUGACAAUUCAUGCUGAAAUACUAAAUGUUUGGCACAUCAUGAAUCUCUAGCUUGUUUUAAAACCUAUAUGAGUUUGUUUAAAACAAUAAAAAAAUGUAAACUCUAAA